ACCUGUCAAGUAGGAAGUGUCGAGCUAGCAGCAGCAGCAGCAGCAGCAGCCUCAGACGCACAGACGAGGAGGGAGCUGUGAAAUCUCCGAAGUCUCUUUCUCGACGUUUCUUUCUAACCAGCUACGUUUUCCUCCCGUACAAACAGCCGCUAAGAGCUUCAAGUUGGCCGCAGUCAUGUCGCUGAAGGUGGCGUUUUUCGCGGUGGCUCUGGCUCUGAUCGGCGCAGCAGCCGCAGAUGAAUGUUCAUCCCAGACAUGUGCGUCAUGUGGAACGAUUACUGACUGCCAGUAUGUUAACUGCACGACAUCAUUUGUUGGUUGUCGCAAUAUGACUCUUGUUGGAGUCAAUGAAACCUGCAGCAACGUUAGCUGCUCAGCUGAUCAAACCACAACAGUGCAGGCCGAAGGUACCCCAUCUUCCCCGACUGCUCCCCCUCCUUCAACUCCUACCCCUCCCGCUACAGCCCCCCAUACCUCUGUUGUUGUCUCCACCUUUACCAGCAACACCACAGACAAUGGAACGACUUCUAGUGUUGCACCAACUUCCAGUACCAACGACACCACCUCCAUAGCCACAACCAUUACUACAACUGCAGCCAACGUGACAAGCACCACACCAGUCACCCCUCACAAGAACUCGACCUUUGACGCCGCAAGCUUCAUCGGUGGAAUCGUGCUGGUCCUGGGCCUGCAGGCAGUGAUCUUCUUCCUCUACAAAUUCUGCAAGUCCAAGGACCGCAAUUACCACACCCUUUGAAGUGGCUUGCACUUAAGGUUCCACAUCAUUUGACCUAUCCCUACCAAGUAGACCCUGCCAGAGAAAACUCCCCACUCAGCACACAUUCAUCAGGGCGGACUCAAACAGUGUUUUCAAGCAGGUUUUUUUUUUUUUUUUUUUUUUUGAUGUUUGUGCUACUUGGGGUUUCGGCCCGCAUUAGAACUGCCUUUGUAGUUUGUAUUAGGGCAACCAUGCAUGCCUGUAUGUAUGAUAAUUCACAUCACACCCACUUGUACAUCUCUAGUGACAAGACUUUUAGGCUUUGAGCAUUUGAUUACAUCAUCUGGUAGCUACUCCCACCUCCCUCAAGCAGUUAGUCACUCUGCAAAGACCGUUUUCCAGUGAAUUGAUUGGGCUUGCGUUAUUUAUAGCACCUCUCGUCAUGCCUUCCUCAGUUAAACGCACCACAUGAGAGUAAUAGAAUUAGUCAUGUAUACGGAGUAGCUUCACUGUUGAUGCUUGGAAGUCGUACAGCUGCAAAGUGGUAGCAUUGAUAUUAUUAUUAUUAUUAUUUUUUUUUAAAUCUUGAUUUGGAAACACUGUUUGAGUUCACAGCUAUUCUUAAACAUGACGACUGCGAUGAUUCAGUUUUGCUUUUAGCCUCUUCAAUUGUAGGUUUCCUGUCCCUCACGCAGCUGUAUGGUGUAUAUGUGUUUCUAGAUGAUGUAAAAAAGGCAGAGUUACCUACAUGGGAAUAAAAGCAACACUGAAUCAUCUGAUGUCGGACUAAAGAAAAAGGUCUUAUUUUCAUGGGGGUUUCUCUGGGCAUUUAGGAGUCCUCUGCAUUUUCUACUGUUGAAUUCCCUUGGAAAAUUUUCAACCCGUACAUGGUGUUAAAAAUGUCCAACAUCAACUGCCACUACAGCAGCUCAGUGCAAUAAGUCAUGGAUCAAAUUAAUUUCACAACCAUUAAUCUCUUAACAGUCAUUUCUGAGCUUACCCACUUGGGUUGCUAAUGUAGAGCCGACCCUUUCCUUUCUGUGGAGUGCUCAAAAGGGGUCAAAAUAGUUGAAUAUUUCAGAAAUGUUUAAUUUGUUUAAAUGUAUAAAAUGGAGAACGGGGAGAAAUAACAUGGCAUGCACCUUUUCUUGAUGUGGACAGUGAGAGCAGUGAAGUGCCUUUAAUGUCCAGUAUGACUUAAAGAGAGAGGGAGAAUGAAGAGUCUUUUUUUCUUGGUUGAGGCCUGAGUGUUGUCAUUAGUUUAUAUUUGUAAGCAAGAAACGGUAUCGCUGUGCUGAUAUUGGUGAGAACCGUAGUGUCCCAGCUGGACUGAAGAGCCUUUUAUCAUUAACAGUAGAUAGUUAUUACUCAAGGGCCUUGAUCAGUCAAGACUUUGUCCUUGAAAGUACCGUAGAGGACUAUAUUCAGUGCAUGAAACCCACAGUCAUCUCACUGGUGACUUUGUAGAAAUAAAUCCUUUAAAGGUACUCUCAAUUUUGUAGCAUCUAAUCCUGCCAUCUAAAUUUCCUUCCAUCUCUAUGUUUUAGAACUGAGUUACACAGCAAACAAUGAGCUGACAAGAAAUUUCAGACUGCUGUUAUAGGUGCAAUAAACCUGAGAGUACCUUUAUUUUAAAGAAAUGGAAAAAAAUAUUGGACUUAAUUUAAAAACUAGUGUAUCAGAGAGAGUGCGUUUAAGUAAAAAAAAGAAGUUGGACUGUUUGAGUGUUGGCUUUGUGCACCUCUGAUUUCUGACUUUGCCAUAUAAACCAGAGGACUGAGAACGAAGUGCAGAGUUUUAACAACUAGGUGGCUGCGCUUACGCUCAUGUCAAGGUCUCUAAUUAGUUAGCUGCUAACUGUGAUUUAUUCCUUUCCCAUUUGGUCCCUCCUGUACAUAGCCGUGUCCUGUGUUUUGCUCAUCUUCUAGGUUUCAACUUAAGGAAAGGCUAAAUGAAGAAGCGUUUUAUCAGAACCUUUUUGCUUGUAGCAGCUUGUCAGUGUCAGGAAUGUUUUGUUUAAAUGCCUUCUUUGUUUUUUUUUUAUUAUUAUUGCAUGCUGAAUGCUUGGAGUUGUGAUUUAUUUUCCUUCCAUUGCAUAUGUUCUUAGGGGUUUAGACACACUUAAAAACCACUUAAUUAUUUGUGAUUAGCCCAUAUGCUAGCUGAAGGAAUGCCUUGAAACGGUGUGCAUUAAGCCAAAGUCCUCACUUUUGGCAUGGAAAUUGAGCAUUGCACUGACAAGCUUUGUUUUGUAACUUUGCCUUUAUAAAUGUUUUCAUUGUUCAGCUAAAAAGCAAAACGACAACAAAAAAAAACAAAAAACAGAUGCUUGUAUAAAUACUCAGUCUUGAAUAUUACUGCUAGAUAAUGAAUGAAGAAUUUUCCCUGUUUUGUAUGACCACAAAUGGUAAGAAGUUCAUGAUCAAAUGUUUAGUUUUUUCCUUGCUUCUAUAAUUUGGGAUUACAUGUUUACUGCUGCUCACUAUUAACAUGCCUUUAACCUACUGUCACCUGGUGGCAUUAGGCUACAGCCCAAAGACCCAAGUGUGGCGAGUAGGCUAGAGAGUUUUUGCCUUAGCUACACCCAUUUCAUUCACUCUCUGCAUGUGGAGUCCCUUCGGCCAAAUUAAGAGAAAUAUUUUGAGUUUUAGCUCACAGCUGCUGAGUGGUCUGCUGUGUAACCACUGAGUGCUCUUUGCAUUCCAACAUGGUAGCUGCAUUCCUUAAGAACACAGCAUCACAUGUUGACAUUGUCCAAACAGGUCUGGUGUCCAUGGAUACCUGAUGUCUGCUGUGUCGCAUCUCAGCAACUCCCUCUUACAAGUUACCAACUCAGUCCCUGCACCUCUUAAGGAAAAGUGCCUUAUUCAGUUGAUAUCCUUCUAUAGUUGUAAUGUAAAGCGAUAUGCCACAUGUAUUAAAUAUCAACGGGACUCAGCACUUUCAGGCCCCUCUGAAGUGGUUCUCUGUGUUGUAUUCUGCUUAAAUGUCUGUUUUGUCACACUCAGCCUUAACUUCUUGAUCAAACUCACAGAACGUUUCCUUGUGACGGGCUGUUCAGACAAUUAUUAGGCUGCUGUGGCUUCAAAGGGUUCGCUUGUUGGAUGUAUCUUGAACUUAUGGAUCGCGUUUCAGCAGCAUUUAACGAUUACUCAGUAGAAUUAUAGCUUAAGUGCUGCUUAAAUGACUCUAAUCGGAUGAAUGGCCUAGUUUUGAAAUGGAUGAAGCCUGGUCGUGGCCUGGACAGCUUCUCACCACCUCAUUGUAAUAAAACAACUCGCUGGUAAUGUUGUAACCACAGCCACUGACCUUGAGUGUUCUUUAUUGCAACAUUUCCUCCACACUGCAUAUCACAUGACUUGAACUCCACUUUGGUAGUAAUAUGUGGUGGUUGCAUUGAAUGACAUCUUCUGUCCAGAUGGACUUCAAAUUCAAAAUUUUGCUUGGUCAUGGAGGGCUCUCCUAUCAGUUUCCAGCCUUGUAGUGUUCAAUUCAAAGCGCGAUGAGUAAUAGGCUUUUUCAUUCCCUCCUUUUGCCUUGUGGCUUUAUUGCUAAGUGCACACACUGUAGUGCCAUAUCUUUUACUUGUUCUUUUAGAGGCCAUUAGUCUUGUAGGUACGAUUUUUGGUUUUUCUUGCCACCCCACUUUGACACACACACACACACACAGCCAUAUGUAGACACUUCCAGGUGCCACAAUGCUUCCUGAAAUGUUUUUGUGCUUAUUUUGUGCCUUUUUUUCCCCCUCUCAAGCUUUUUCUUUUUUGUUUUGUUUUUGUUUCUGGCCUUGUUUUCUAGUGUUGCCUUUAGUUUCACAAUGUUAAACCAAUAAAGUUUGAAUAUUGUUAAACAAA